AAAAUCCAGCCAGGUCGAGGCAGUCAGUCAGUCCACUGCACCCGCAGAUCCACUCCGACAAAAACACUCUUGAAGGACACCCACUCGCCGCUUACACAGACAGCUCCAGCAGUGAAUCUCAUAUUCUGCUGUGAAUUCACGGAGGACGGAUUUGGAGUCGAGCGCCUUCUUGGUCCAGUGUGGUCCAGCAACAUUACGAAAUAGCAGAAGCAACAGGAAUCAAGCUGGACGGGGGGGAGGUGAGGGAGGACGAGGGCACCGCCUUUGUCCUGAGACACAGAGUCUGCACAAGCAGCGAUACUGACCCCACCCAAACAUCCACCUCAGACCACCGGGACAACAUGAGGUCCUGCACAGAUCACAGAUCGGAUGGCCCCGGACAGAACUGUCUCCAUGCGAGGAGAGUGAUGCAUGAAAAAGAGGAAACGACAGUCAGAGAAGAGGAGGACGAAGAAGAGGAGGAGGAAGAAGAAGAGGACAAGAGCUCAGAUGAAGGCCUUCUGCUUCAGGCUCACCAUGCCAUGGAGAGAAUGGAGGAGUUUGUGCACAAGAUGUGGGAAGGCAGAUGGCGAGUCAUUCCUCAUGACGUUCUCCCUGAUUGGCUGAAGGAUAAUGACUUCCUGUUGCACGGGCACCGGCCGCCCAUGCCCUCCUUUAGAGCAUGCUUCAAAAGCAUCUUCAGAAUCCAUACAGAAACGGGCAACAUCUGGACACAUCUGCUGGGCUGCCUGUUCUUUCUCUGUCUGGGCAUCGUGUACAUGUUCAGACCCAAUAUGUCGUUUGUGGCGCCAUUCCAGGAGAAGAUCGUCAUCGGCAUGUUCUUUCUAGGAGCCAUUCUCUGCCUGUCCUUCUCCUGGCUCUUUCACACAGUCUACUGCCACUCAGAAGGGGUGUCCAGAGUCUUCUCAAAGUUAGACUAUUCAGGCAUUGCGUUCCUGAUCAUGGGCAGUUUUGUACCGUGGCUGUAUUACUCCUUCUACUGCUCUCCUCAGCCCUGCUUUAUAUACCUGAUAGUGGUGUGUAUCCUGGGUGUCGCCGCCAUCACAGUAUCUCAGUGCGAUUUCUUCGCAACACCACAGUAUCGCGGAGUCAGAGCUGGUGUGUUUGUGGGUUUGGGGCUCAGUGGAGUGGUUCCCACGCUGCACUUUAUGAUCGCUGAGGGCUUCCUGAAGGCCACCACCAUGGGUCAGAUGGGCUGGCUGUUCCUUAUGGCUGUCUUGUACAUCACUGGAGCCUGCCUAUAUGCCGCUCGCAUACCUGAGAGAUUCUUCCCCGGCAAGUGUGAUAUCUGGUUUCACUCCCAUCAGCUGUUCCAUAUCCUGGUGGUUGCAGGUGCUUUUGUGCACUUCCACGGAGUCUCCAACCUGCAGGAGUUUCGCUACGAAGCUGGCGGUGGCUGUGCGGAGAACGCAGCGUGAGCUUCAGGUCCUCCGGUGCUGGAAACGCACCACAAGAGGGAGACAAAGUUCUUCUCACCACCAAGUCCAGCUCUGUUCCUCCUGCCCAUGAGGGGUAAACAAAAGAGGACGGCACUGAAUGACGAAGCCUUUAUAAUUUAAUUUUCUCUCUUUGUUUUUCUCUGUUCUCUAUUUUGCCCCUUAAAUAAAAUGCAUUAUGGGAUAUGGUGGAUGCAGGGUGAGGAAUUUGAAUUUGUGUUUCCUAAGAUGGAGACCUUUUUUCGUGGCUUGGUCUAUUGCUGUUUGAUGGUUUGUUUUCUUUGUACAAGAAAAGACGAAACUGAAAAACAGAGCAAAAAAAAAGCAAAUGCAAUUGUUGUGAGCGUUUCUUGGGGUGGGCUGUUGGCCGUUUUAAAGUUUUUUCAUGUAAAUAAGAUUUCUAAAAUUUGGGUUAUAUAGAUUUGUACGAAAAUAAAGUAAAAAAAAAUGUUUUUUAAAAAACAAACCAUCAUUAUAUCAUUAUAUUGUUCAAUGGAUGUAAAAGAGUGUUAUUGGAAGAAAAGACACCAGAUUGAUAAGAAGCCACUGUUAAAGUGGACAGAUGAGAUCAGAAAUGGCCAAGCAGAUGCCUCGGUGUGCUGUAAUUUUGAGCACAGCCGAAAGACGCACCUGUAGGACAGGAGGACGUUCGUCCUCCACCUGAAGGAGCUGCCUGGAUUCUCCACAGGCCUUCAUAUCACUGUCAGUGUUUCCUUCAACAUGCAGAAGGCCAAUCUUUCUCUCUCUGUUGUUUGUUUUUUUUUGUUUCAUUCUUCAUUGUGGAUGUUCAUUCAACACGGUGAGGCGGAAAAUUAAAUGAGAAGAUGAAAGACUUACUGCUGCACAAAAUCAAACCCAAGCAGUGCAAAGGAUGCAUUCGUUAUGUGUAACGUUCUGUGUUUCACCACCUGUAUAAUUUAUUCAUUGAUGGAAGCAUUACGACAUGCUGUAAUGUUCCACAUUUAAACAUGGGCGAUGUUUGUUUGUGUUUGUUUUCUCAGAGAUUUUUACAUGCAUUGAUAUUUAUUUUAAUUUUAAAAUAAACAAAUUAAAACUUA